AUGAUCCCCGCAGCAGCUUUUAGAGCACAAUUUCACUCUCACAUUCACUCCUGCCCCUCUUCUGCAAUCUCGCCUGCUCCCCCGCAGCAACCAGGUGCUGCAGCGACUGGAGCACAACUUCACGCUCACCCCACACGACCUCUCUCUCCUCAGACGCCCACACCACUACCUGCAGGUGAGAAGGCCGCACAGUGUAUGGGUCACCAACAGGUCGCAGUGUACGAGUCACCAACCGGCCUGGGCAGCAGCUGCUGGGAGCAAACGGCCGCGAUGACGGACCCUCAGUAUGCCCUCACUCGCUGCUGCCUUGCCUUGCCUGACGUUCCAAAAAUGCCUAACUGCUCUGCCUUCCUUGCCUGCUCAUGCUGCUUCUGUUCCACACAUGUUAGGUCUGGUGCCCUUAUCCUAUCCGCUCUUUUACCCCUUCUCUCCCCUGCCCUUUCUCCUCCCCAAAUAGCGGAGGCAUGCCAUGCGGGGGACAACCAUGUGGCCAUGGCUGCCGUUGAUAAGGGCCCCUUGCUUCCAGCUUUAACCUUUCCUUCCCCUGCCCUUUCUUUCCCCCCCUGCUUCCCUCCCCCUACCCCCACGCCCUUCCAGAUAGCGGAGGCAUGCCAUGCGGGGGACAACCACGUCGCCAUGGCUGCAAUUGAUAAGCGCCCCUUCUGCAUCGGUGUGCGCAUCAUCCGCAAACGAUCGUUUGACGAGGUGAUGGCCAUUCCUCCUGUGGACGUGGGGGAGUUACUCGAGUCCCUUCUCGCUCGAAUCAGUGAUGGCCAUGAUUCGUCCUCUGGACGUGGGGAGUCACUCCAAUCCGCCCUCGCUCAAGUGGAGCGCCCUGCUUCAACACAUCCAAGCAACAUCUCCUGCACCCUCUCCCCCUCACCCCCCGUGCCAGUCGACUGCUCUCACACCAUCCUCCCCCUCUUCCCAGAUGAGUGGCUCGCGCAUUCGAGAGGCAGGGCGAUUCAGGGAGUGUGCGCACAUGGGUGCCCCGUGUGCAUGAAGCUCUACGCGCUCGACUCGCUCAUCAUCGAUCCCUUCUUCCACCGAGUCUGUGAGGAGGUGUGUUCCCUUUAA